CCACGGUCUGAGCAGCAGCGGUUUGAGGGAGCAGCAUCAGACCGCUGUUACUGCAGGAACAGGCAGUACGCCGCUGAAAACCGCUAGCGGAACAAAUGAAAACGAAAACACGUUCUUGUGGAUUAAUUCUGGGGCGAGAUUUUGAGUCGAAGAGACRACAUCUCUGAGCGAGUCUGCAUCGACUGACGAGGACCGGGGACAUUGUCUACGCUACGGAGCGUUGUCGACAGACACCGAAUGGUCUCUGCUGCCCCACCGCUAAGGUUGCAGCUUAAAAGAAACGGACGAUAAUGUGCGGCGCCUCACCCUCUUCCUGCCUGUAGAGGAAGCGGCUGUGCCAGCAUGUCCUCUCAUCCCCAGUCUUUGCCGCCAGGCCGGAGAACUUUGGAUGCACGGCACCUGCCAAACCCUGCCACCUUACCACUGCAUCUGCAACGAACACACCCGGAAGUAGGACUGGUUGACUACCACUCACACCAUGCCAGGGACUACAGCUCUCACCUGGCACAACCCCAUCGCCGCCGACCGUCCUUACUUUCAGAGUUCCAGCCUGGGAAUGAAAGAGGACAAGACCAGCACAUUCGCUAUGAGCACAUCUACCUGCCAGAGCCCCCUGGCCAAUCAGAGGUGGACUACACAGACAUCAAGCGCCCUCGUAUAGAGAUGGGACCAGAGUCUCUGGUGAGGCCUUCAUCCCACCGGCAGCCAUUAUCUUUGGGAGGAGCUGAGGAUAUGACAAAGGAGCGUGGCAGUGCCAUUGGGAAGCUGGAGCCCAUCUCUCCUGUGAGUCCGGUCCAUAUGGACACUGAUUUGGAUUUGGUUCCAGCUGGCUUCUCCAAAGAGGAGCUGGUCCAGAAUAUGGAACGUGUUGACCGGGAGAUCAGCAUGGUAGAGCAGCAGAUUUGCAAACUUCGCAAAAAACAGCAACAACUGGAAGAGGAAGCCGCGAAGCCCCAUGAGCCUGAGAGGCCCAUUUCACCACCACCCAGUGAGGCCAAACACCGCAGCCUGGUGCAGAUCAUCUACGACGAGAACCGGAAAAAGGCAGAAGAGGCUCAUAGGAUACUGGAGGGACUGGGACCCAGGGUAGAACUGCCACUGUACAACCAGCCUUCUGAUACCAAACAGUACCAUGAGAACAUCAAAAUAAACCAGGCCAUGAGGAAGAAGCUCAUCUUGUAUUUCAAAAGAAGAAAUCAUGCUCGUAAGCAGUGGGAACAGAAGUUUUGCCAGCGCUAUGACCAGCUAAUGGAGGCCUGGGAAAAGAAAGUGGAGCGCAUCGAAAACAACCCGCGGCGCCGAGCUAAAGAGAGCAAGGUGCGGGAGUACUAUGAAAAACAGUUCCCAGAAAUCCGCAAGCAAAGAGAGCUGCAGGAGCGAAUGCAGAGUCGUGUCGGGCAGCGAGGAGGAGGACUGACCUCAUCUGCAGCUCGCAGUGAACAUGAAGUCUCUGAAAUCAUUGAUGGAUUGUCAGAGCAUGAGAACACAGAGAAACAGAUGCGGCAGCUGGCAGUCAUCCCUCCUAUGCUGUUUGACGCUGAGCAGCAGCGCAUCAAGUUCAUCAACAUGAAUGGAUUAAUGGAUGACCCCAUGAAGGUUUACAAGGAUCGGCAGGUCAUGAACAUGUGGAGCGAGCAGGAGAAGGACACAUUCAGAGAAAAGUUCAUCCAGCAUCCCAAAAACUUUGGCCUGAUUGCAUCAUUUUUAGAGAGAAAGACGGUGGCAGAGUGUGUGCUCUUUUACUACUUGACCAAAAAGAAUGAAAACUACAAGAACAUAGUACGAAGGAACAUCAGACGCCGAGGAAGAAGCCAGCAUGGCCAGCAGCAGCAGCAGCAACAGCAGCAACAACAACAAGUGAGCAGAAGCAGCCAGGAGGAGAAGGAGAAGGAGGAAAAAGAGAAAGAGGGGGAGCGAGAUGAGGAGAAAAAUGAAGCUGAAGAGAAAGAAGAUGGAAUGAAGGAUGAUACUUCUGGAGAAGAUGCAGAGGACAAAGAGCCUACUGUGGCUGUCAAAGGGAGACGUACUGCCAACAGCCAAGGCCGUCGAAAAGGCCGGGUUACCCGCUCAAUGACCAGCGAAGGGGAGGAAACCACCACGCCUCCACUCAACAACGAGCUUGUCAAUCUGGAAAUGAAUGAGAGCUCUCGCUGGACUGAGGAAGAGAUGGAAACCGCCAAAAAAGGCCUUCUCCAGUAUGGUAGGAAUUGGUCCGCCAUCGCCAAGAUGGUGGGAUCAAAAACCGUGUCACAGUGCAAAAACUUUUACUUCAACUACAAGAAGAGGCAGAAACUGGAUGAGAUUCUGCAGCAGCAUAAAAUGAAAUCGGAGAAAGAGCGAAAGGCCCGUCGAAGGGGAAAAGCCUCCCAGAAUGAGGAGGCCAGUGUUCCGUACACUGCAGAGGAGGAGGAGAUGGAGGGUUCAGGACCCAGCUGUAAUGAAGAGGAAGCCCCUGAGGAUGGAGAAGGUGGAGCGAACAACAGCUCGGACACAGAGAGCUUGCCCUCUCCACACUCCUCUGAGGACAGCAAGGCUAAAGACGAAGGCUCGAGCCGGCCGAAGGGCAACUCCAACGCAGCGGACAAGGAGGAGGCCCAGCCAGACAUGGGCCAGGCAGAGGAUGAGAAGCCUCCUGUCAAAGAGGAGGCAGCAGAGUCAGCCAUUAAAGAGGAGAUAAAAACUGAGACAGGGGAGCCCAACAAAGAGCAGCCGCAGCCAGUUUCACCCAACAAUACCACAGAUAAGAGACUGCCAGCAGCAGAAAAGGCAGAAGUCAAAAGCAGCACCAAGAGUUCCAAGAAAGAUCACUCAACCAAAACGGGUUUGCAUGGGGACAGCGACUCUAGUGCCACUUGCAGCGCUGACGAAGUGGAGGAGACAGACACUGUAGACAAGAACAGAAUUUCUUCUCCACGGCCCAGCUUGCUGAACUACACUCAUGACGGGGUCAUUUCAUCCCCACUACAGAAGCCCAUGGAUCUCAAACAGCUCAAACAGAGGGCUGCCACUAUACCACCUAUUACACCAGAGGCCUCGGCGCAGGGCAGUCAGCGGAGUGGGAAGGCUCUGCAGCCCCACCACGCCCUGGCUCUGUACCAAGAACAGAUCAGUGUGGCUCAUGGGGAGUCCUCUCAGGAAGUCAAACAACUGCAGCAGCUUUCAGGCCAGCCAGGCAAACAGCAGCCUUACACCCCUCAGGCAGACAGAGACCGAGAGGCUCUUAUCAGCACCAGCCCUCGCAUUCGCUCUCGUAGCCCCUCCACCAGCGAAAAAGAUGAAAAAUCUCAAGCUUUCUCUCCACACGGUGAAGCCAAGAAGCAGGCACUGGGUCCUGAUGACCCUCGCACCUCAAACUGGGCUCGUCCAACUCUCUCUCCGUACCCCGUGUCCUCUCGAGACAUGGCCAAGAUGAGUCACGAUCAGCACCCGCUCCACACGUUUCAGCACAGCCACGGCAUACUCGCUGGUCUGCCACCAGAUAGUGUGAGGCUACCUGCAGUGAGACCCCUGACGAUGCCAGAACCUCCGCCUCUUAUUUCCUCAUCCAAGCCAGGAGGCUCCAUCACACAGGGCACUCCUGUACAGUUACACAGUCCAGCUCAUGGUAUGGACCAUUCAAAGAUACCUCCAGCACCGAUGGGGAUGUCUUGGAUAGAGAAGAAAGUUGCAGGUAAUUCACCUGUGGUGAAGCGUGAGCAGCUGUCCCCUCACAGUUCCUCCUCCCUGGCAGAUAACCUGUCAUCCCAGGGGCCACCUCAUGAUACUUCAGGACGUGCUGUCCAAGGAGGAAGUAUCACUAAGGGCUUACCAGGGACCAGAAUCACUGCAGAUUCUGCAAUUUCCUACCGAGGSGGCUCCAUUACACAGGGGACACCAGCAGAGGGGCUGUAUAAGGGAAUUAUAACUCGUCUAAUCACAGAGGACAGUACCAGCAGAGCUGAGAGGGAGCGGGAAGGUCUUGUGCUCUUUGAAAGCAACAGAGGACACAUCGUCUCUUAUGAUCGUCAACCGUCUCAGACUUCCAAAGAUGAAGGCAGAGGCUCAGGGCAGUCUGGGGAAAUCCUUGGUCUGAAGCGUUCAUACGAUGUCAUGGAGGGAACCAGAAGGUUGCAGAUGAGGGACUCGCUGUCUGCUGCCAAUUGUGAAGGUCUGAUUGGUCGAGCCAUGCCUCAUGAUCGAGACAGUCCACAUCACACACCUUACAAAGAUGCUCAUCACAUCCGAGGCUCCAUCUCACAAGGUAUACCUCGUCAUCUCGACCAUGCGGAUGGUUAUAUGAGGAGGGAACCAAAGAUGAAGCGAGACCCCUCUCCACCUCAUGAGGUCGGUUCGUUUUCUGACCCAAUGAAAAGUAGAGAGACCAUUGUGCCCACUGUGAAGGAGGAUAGACGCUCCAUCCACCUCAUUCCAAGGACUGAGCCCAGACCGCCUUCCAAGGAGGGACUCAUAGCAUCGGAUGCAGCUGGUUCAGCGAAACGCCACGAUGUACGUUCCAUUAUUGCGAGUUCACCACGUUCCCACCACAGUUCGGCCUCCCACCUGGACAUGCGCUCUGAGAGAGGUCGAUAUGAGGAGGUGCCUAAAGGGCGGCCCAGUGCGGUGGUCAGCACAGCAAGUCCUAUGGCCCGCUCCUCUCCGCUUACCUUGGGGUCAGAGCAGGGAGGCAAAGCCCAUCACAGCCCAAUGGGCUACGAGGACAAAAGCAGCCUGAGGGCUUCUUAUCUUGGACCUUCACAUCGUGGCUCCCCUCUGCCCAGGGAGACGAGCCAAAGGCAGCAUGAAGGUUCUGGAAAAAAUCCUCCUCAAGAGCGUAAAGCCACACCGACACCCAGGGAAACGAGUGCCACCAAAUCCCCCCUCUCUGGUGUGCCAGAUCAACAAACCUACGAGCGUCUGCUGCAGGGCCUCGGAACUACAGACGUGAUUCGCCAGAUCCACUUAGGUAGUUUUGAUCCUGCAGCCCUGCCCCGCGGAAUUCCCAUUGACCCAGCCGCCUACUUCUUACCUCGCCACCUAGCUCCCAAUCCGGCAUACCCUCAUCAUUACCCCUACCUCAUCCGUGGCUUUCCUGACACGGCAGCUCUGGAUAACCGCCAGACUCUGCUCAACGACUACAUCACCUCUCAGCAGAUGCACCAGUGGCCCGCUGCCAUGGUCCAGCGCUCAGACCUGCUGAGAGGCUUAGCUCCUCGAGACCAGCCACUUUCUCUGCCCGCCUACUCUGCAGCCCCACGUGGAAUCAUCGACCUCUCUCAGGUGCCACAUUUACCUGUCCUGGUCCCCCCUGCUGCAGGGACAGCUGGCUCCCCAAUGGAUCGCAUCACUUACAUCCCAGGAACAAGCGCCGCRUUCCCAGGCAGGCCUUACACCACCUCACCCAUCUCCCCCAUUGGCUCCUCACACAUAAACAAAGAGCGUGAGCGAGAAAGAGAACGAGACAGAGAGCGUGACAGAGAGAGGGACCGCUCGGAAAGGGAUCGGGAAAGAGAUCGAGAUCGGGACAGAGACAGAGAGAAGGGAGGGUCUUCAGGAAACGUGGAACAUGCCCCCAUCUGGCGACCAGGUACAGAACACAGCUUGACUAGCAGCAGCAGCAGUGGACGAUCUGCACCCCAACCAUACAUCCCCCAGCACUCCCCAGUGUCUCCUCGUACCCAGGAGAACUUGCAGCAGAGGCCAAGUGUCCUGCAAAAUACUGGAAGUCUGUCUGAGCACCCAUCUGUCUUACGGCCCAUGCCUUCAGGGUCAUCCCGCUACCAAGUUUAUCCUGGCUACCCACCUGCCAUGGAUUCUAAUGUAGCCAAAGAGCCGCAGAGCCGCGAUGGAGGCAAAGCCAGAGGAGGUCUUCCCAAACACAUGCAAGGCCAGCACGGACCCUCCAGUAAAUCUGACCCCAAGCUGCCCAGCCCCAGCCCUGGAGAAAUAUACCAGAUUUCCCCGGUUCGGUUAGAGAAGCCGGAUAACCCCACUGGCCGUGAUGAUAUCAGCUCAUCUAAUAGAGAAAAGACUCAAAACAAACAGAGGCCUGUUCAGGAUCCAGACGAUGGGUCACUUGCUCUACCAUCUGGUCUUUACCCUCCCUCUGAAGAAAGAUUGUCUCCAGUUCAACAGCCCCCGUCCCCCUGUGUGAAAGGCAGCCAAAGGGUGGUCACUCUGGCACAGCACAUCAGUGAGGUGAUAACUAAAGACUACACCAGGCAGAGCCAGCAGCAACAGCAGAACUAUCACCACCCUAUCCUGGACCUGACCCGUCCAGCCAGUGCCUCCCAGCUCCCACCCACUUCACAGGAGCUUGUCCAAGGGUCCCGCUAUUUAGAUGUUCUCAGUGGAGAAUGUAACCGAGACAGGUCUCCCCCUCAGUCCAAGUCUUCACCUGUCAGUGUUUCUAAUGACGGCAUUGAACCAGUGUCUCCUCCUGGAACCAACUCUGAUCCUGACAUCCAGGGAGGCGAGCAGGGACUGGGCUCCCGUUCUCCUCCGAACUCCUCUCAGCCUCCAGCUUUCUUCAGCAAGCUGACAGAGAGCACGUCCGCUAUCGUGAAGUCUAAGAAACAGGAGAUAAGCAAGAAGAUGGUUAUAGGAAAUGACAGCAAGUUUAAUACUAGUCAGCCAGGAACAGAAAUCUUCAAUAUGCCAGCGUCCACAACUGCAGUAACGGUGAACGAGCGCAGCCACCCAGCUCCAGAGGCGCACGGUAACUCGAUAGGCCUGGAGGCCAUCAUCAGAAAGGCCUUGAUGGGGAACUACGAGGGUUCAGCAGAAGAACGCUCUCCAUCCAGCACCAUCAACCCAACAGGUUCUGCUGCAGCUGCUGAUGGACGGGCUGAAGACUCAUUCUCACAAGGUGGCUCCAAGUCCACAAAGGGUAAUGGGCGCUCCAACGGGCGUAAAGCCAAGUCCCCAGGACCAGGUCUUUCUGGCAGUGAGAGGCCUUCAUCUGUGUCCUCUGUUCACUCUGAGGGAGACUGCAACAGAAGAACUCCACUUACCAACCGUGUCUGGGAGGACCGGCCUUUGUCUGCAGGUUCAACGCCAACUCCCUACCCAUGUAACCCACUGAUGAUGCGUUUCCCCAGUGGGACCGUUUCAGCUCAUUCCCCCUCCUCUGGUCAACAGGGGGGCCAGGGACCAGGACUUGGGCAGAGUCGCUCCUGGGACGAGGAGCCCAAACCUUUGCUCAUGUCACAGUACGAGACCCUGUCUGACAGCGAGUGACCCACAAAGACCACUUCAGCUGCAUACACACACACACACACACACAAACACACAGAGAACACACACACAGUGCUGCUGAAGUGUCUGAGACCUGCCCAACCUGCAUCUCCUUCAUUAGAUCAUAGUCAUGUUCAGAUGUGAUGAAGUGGAGCUCUGCUGCUCGCUGUGUGUUUGCACUUCCGUCAUGCAUUCACUCCAGGACUACUCUGAAGGACAAAUCACUCGUUUUCUUUUCUUUGCUACGAUUCCUCACUGGCCUUAUCAGUACAGACACGUCGACCUGUACCUUUGGGACGUACUGCGUUGUUUUUUUGGAGAGGACUCUUGCUCCAGAGACAGACCGUUUGUUGGACCUGACCUCACAGUGAGGACYGACACGUUUCCUUCACAGUGAAGUCCAGGUGCCGGCGACCUGCUACCACUACAAUGAUGAACACACGGAGACAGGAGGAGAAUCGUUUUUCUUCUUUAACUUUUGUCAGUUCAGUCCCGUGUUUGUGAGCUGAGACUUUUAGUACAAAUUGAUGGUGAACUUUUGAUGGCGUCAUUUGUUGUCUGUUAUCUACAAAGAUGUAUCUUUUUUUUCCUUUUCUUUUCUUUUCUUAAGGGGUGGAGAUUAGGGGACAGAGCUUAUUGUGGGGGGAGGGUCAUAUCAUUGGUUUACAGGGUAAACUAGCGGUUCAUUGCUGAUGUCAUCUGUUACUGGGGCUGGCCUGGAGAAAGGCAAAGCCCCGCUGACUUCAGGAAUGUGUGGGACGGGGAUGAUCUGCCAGAUGGAUGGCACUGAGACAAGUGACACUUUCUCACAGUUUUUAUAUUAACCAUGUCUGUGUUUGUUGAAACGGUUUUUGGAUAUGGAGCACUUAGUUGUCAAUCUGUUCACAGUGGCAUUUAAAAAAAACUAAAAAAACCCUCUGUUUCCAGGAGCAGGUGAAAGUGGAGUCAAACAGCACAGAAAUCUCACUGUGGAGGGAUCCUUUAGCGCCUGUCUGGUGAUUUCGGUCUUGCUGCUUACGCUUUUUUUUUUAAACUUUACUUUAGCGCUACCCUGCUCAAAGCGACAAUCACGUCAACGUGAGUGAUAGGAAAGCCGCUGCGAGCAGGUUGCAGACCAACCUUUAAAGCUGCUUAAAAGCAAAUUCCACAGCGUCACUCGGAAGUUCCUUUGCAAUAAAGAGGUGACAAAAAGCCAUCUUUCCAUGACCCUCAUUUUAUGGUUCUGUCAGACUCAGAUGACCUCCCAGAGUCCCACCUAGGAGGUCUGACCUUUGAGCUUUUACUGCCCAGAGGAGCUGCUUCAAGUCCUCUCCUCGUCCUGGCAGAGUUUGUACAGUUAUGAGAUGUUCUUAGUGCUAAGUGCCAUUUAUUUUACAUGUAUAGUGCUGAAGAGUGACGCACAAGUUUCCUUUUACCUCCCAGAGUUUAAUGUCCAGAAAAUGAAACGAAACGUCCUGAUUUUUUUUUUAAAUUUACCUUUUGAGGGUUUUUUUUACCCCUCUUUCCUCCAAAUCUGUUGCUGACGUUUAUCUCCCAACGGUUUAACCCAUCGUCYUCUGCUCUGUUUGGCCUCCAUCAGAUGCCGUUCUGCUACAAGUGUACUUUGUCGCACCUUCAUCGUCCGUUCGGCUCAGAGGAAGUGGAGAGCAAGGCGUUGCGGUGGCAUUAUUGCGUGACAUUCGUCGACAUGUUCUCACAUUUUCAUGCAGUAUUUUAAAGGCCACUUUUGUUUCUGUAGUUUUAAGAGAGAGGUUCCUGACAUCGUGCAAGCGGGGACAGUUUCCCUCCGACGGUUGAAACGGCCUGAUGAUGGAAGUGAGUUUGUUUAGAAAGACUCGUUGGUCUUUGGCUCAUUUUGUGGCGGUGGACUCUUCACAGCACAGACAUGACUGUUAUAGGACUACCUCCUCUCCCUCCACCACCCUUAGUGUCGAUGGUGAAGCAUCCAGGAAUGCCUUACCUGCUGACGGCUCAUCUCAGCUGUGUUUUAGCUCUUUUUAUUCGGACCGCAGGAGGGUGUCUAACUUCGUCGCUCGAGGCAAAAACACAGCCAGGCUCUGUGCAUUGGGCACUCUAUGUAAAUCCCUGUUCCACUGCUGAAGUGUAAGAAUGUGACACUAAACAGACAAAGCCAUAUCCAGCUGUUCCCUCAACAAAAUGUUUUAAAAGUACAUCAAAAUGAGUUUUUAACAUGCAUCUAUUCUUUUUCUUUGGUUUUUAAAGUGUUUUUCAAGGCUCACCUGUGUCAUAAAUCAAAAAAAAAAUUCAUUCAGACCUUAAAAGUACAAAGUUGAUUGCUGGUUUGUUCCCUGGACUGUCUGAUUGUCGGAGAGAGUUGACAAAAACAAUACAUUGUUCAACCAUUUUGUGCAUUUUUUUUAUUAUAACCCACUGUAUAAUAGCAAGGAUUGUACAUAAAAUUGAAGAGAUGUAAAUAUUUAUGUGGCUUGCUUCGAGGUUGGUAUUAUGAAAAGAAAAAUAUUCACAUGGUUAAAUUCUACAUGCCCACCAGCAAGCUUUGUGGAUAGCAGUGUAAAAAUGAAAAACAAACAAAAAAAGACACUGCCUUAAUGUUUAAAUAAAAAGCUUAUUGCCAUUCAA